AUGGCCUGGCAAUUCUCGACUAAGGAUAAAAUCGUCACGGUGACAGGAGGCGGAUCAGGCAUUGGGCUUUCAUACGCUCUCUUGGCUCGCAAAAAUGGGGCCAGAGCUGUCAUAAUUGCAGACCUUGCGCUCACCGAUGAGGCAAAGAAGGCUGUUGAGGAAGAUGCAAAUAUUACAUUUAUCCGGUGCGACGUGACCAAGUGGAGCGAUUUGCAAAACUUGAUCGACGUGUCGCUCUCUACGUUUGGUGAUGUGCCGGAUAUCUUUGUCGCAUCCGCUGGAGUUUUUGAACCCCCGUAUUCCAACUUCUGGGAUGAUCCUGAGCCCAUUGAGAGCGAUGGCUACAAGCACGUCGCUAUCAAUGUCGAACACCCCAUCAAAUUGACACGGCUUGCGAUCCGUGCUUUGCUUGGGAAAGACAAGCAAGGUGUAGUUGCCAUCGUCGCCUCGAUCGCCGGGUAUAGCAAGCAAUACCCGGCGCCGAUCUACAGCGCGACGAAACACGCUGUAGUUGGCUUUACCCGCAGCCUCGGAGAUGCCCAACAGGUUCAAGGCGUCAAGGUUGUGGCAGUUUGUCCCGGUAUUGUAUCAACUCCGAUCUGGACCACCGGAACUCCGGGAUCGGGAAAGCGAUUUGGAAUCAACGAUGAUCUUGCAAUUACACCCGAAACAGCCGCGGAGGCCAUCCACGCCGUCGUCGAUUCAGCCGAAUACCCCGGCGGAACGAUUCUGGAGGUGUCCAGGGAUGGAACCAGGGUCAUUCCGGAAUGGUUGAUUCAGCCCCCGGGCAUGGUGGAUGGCAAGAUGCCGAAGGGCACAGAUGUGCCACCGGAGAUGAUUGCACAGGCGAUGAAGCCGAUUCUGGAUCGCACAGCCGCCGAGAGGGGAAAGCUGAACUGA